AUUGAACUGUAAAUUCAAUAUUAAAAAAACAGAAUUAUCAUUUCAUAACGAUGACAACAGCCACACAACAACGCAAGGAGCCAGAAGUGCUGUCACAUUCCAGCUUAGCUAUGUUGGCAAGAAGGGUUGGUAAAGAAAGCUUAAAAGGAGUGGAAUUUGCCAUGUACCUUAUAUACAUUCCAACAACUACAAUCAUCAAGUGCAUCGCAGACAUUACAGAUACACCACUCACCAACGAAGGCUCAGAACAGAAUAAAAUGGAUGUGACGCAGAAAUGUCUGUUUUUAUGGAAGGAGCUGACAAAAUGCACGAAGACAAAUCAGAGGGUGAAAGAGCUAGAGAGAGCAUUAAGAGAAAUAGGUAAGGCAGAUAUCGCUGAUAUUUUACAGGAGCGACAUCAAAAUAGCCAGGAGUUAACUCAAGAAAUUUUUGGCUAAUAUCUUGGAAGUCAUUGUAUGCAAGUAGGAAGUGAUUGUUAAUACUUUAAAUAGUGAAGAUGUUAUUUUAUACAUAAUUGAAUAGUAAAUAGUGUUAUUACUGUAAAAUGUAUAAAAAUUACUGCUGGAUAUGUUUAUGUUUUAAAAAAUUAUGAAAUAGUCGUUCAACAGUUGUAAUCUAUUUUAUCAAAAUUGCAAUUAACUAGAAUAUACAUGCAAAUAAUGUUAACUUCUAAUAACUGUCAAACAUGCAUCAAGAA